AUGGCUGAAACAGAGGCUCCUCCCGCCGUUCCCGCUAUCGCGGCGGAAGAUCGAGAACAUGACAAUUUGGUGGUUGACCCAACAAUUGAUGACUCGGAUUCGACAUAUGGAGAUGAAUUAUCUGUUUAUACCGCUUCGGUUACAUCAAGUGUCACGGACUAUCAGAAGUCUGUUAGCCCGCAAUACCAUGCCUACAAAGAAGGACGAUAUAUGCUCCCUAACGAUGAGCAGGAGAACGAGCGGCUUGACAUGCAUCACGCACUUAUUCGGGUCACCAUGAAGGAUAAAUUGUUUUUAGCCCCCAUCGGAGAUGCCCCAGGUCGGGUGAUUGAUAUCUGUACUGGGACUGGCAUCUGGGCCAUUGAGUUUGCCGAUUUGUUCCCAUCCGCUGAGGUUAUCGGAAACGACCUCAGCCCUAUCCAGCCCAAACUGGUUCCUCCAAAUGUCAAGUUCAUAAUCGAUGAUGUUGAAGACGAAUGGGGCUAUGAGAAUGAUCCGUUCGACUUCAUCCAUGCUCGCUACCUCACUGGCGGUGUUAAAAAUAUGCCGCGUUUGCUGGAACAGGCAUUUGCCUGCCUCAAGCCCGGUGGAUGGGCCGAGUUCCAAGACUGGGAUGCCAUGGUGCAGUCUGCAGAUGGCACGACAAAAGGCACCAGCAUCGAGCGCUAUUUCACCAGCACGCUUCCGGCAUUCGAGAUGGCUGGUUACAUCACUCGACCGGGCAUAUAUCUUGAGAAGUGGAUGAAGGAUGCGGGAUUCGUUAACGUCCAAGUUCACAAGCACCUCGUCCCGGUCGGAACAUGGGCGAAAGACAAACAUUUUAAAACUGUUGGUGCCUAUAACCUGCUCCAGUUCGAGGAAUCCCUGGAAGGUAGCGCGGUGGCCGCGUUGACGCGCAUCGGAAAUUGGUCCAAGGAGGAAGUCGACAUCUUGAUUGCGAAGACGAAGCAGGAUGCAAGGAACCCAAAGAUUCACUCUUUAUUCCACUUCUACGUUGUUUAUGGCCAGAAACCCAAGAAUUAA